AAAUAAAUAAAUAAAUAAAUAAAUAUAUAAAAUGCUUGAUUUUUGUGGACAUUUCUUUUCGAUUUGGUCAUAUUGAAUUAACGUCCCACUCAUUCAUAGAAAUGUGAAAGUGUGUCAUUGAUUAUUCAAGUAUGCAUCAUCAAAUAAGGUUAUAAAUAUACACAUACGUAAUGCACUGUACAAGUUAAUAUUGAACGUUAACUACAAACAAAAAUAUAUUAUAAUAUAUUUAUAACGAAAUUGUAUACAUUUAAUGGAUUGUUUUAAUGAAGAUUUUACCUAUAGAUAGAUUUAAAUAUGUCAAGAGUUUAAUUAUAAAGUAUUCAAGAACCUAAUAUAGAGGUUUAUGUUUUAAGAAACCAAUAUGAACUAAGUACCUGCUUUAAAAAAAGUACAAAAUUCAGAAGCCUUUACAUUUUUGAUAAUUUUGUAAAAAAAAUUGUGUUAAAAUGCAUUUUGCAAUACCAGACACCCAAGAACUUGUUGAUGAAUCUAAUAGUAAAUAUAUUAGUUACAAUGUUCAUAUUAAUGGAUUAUUGCAUUGUACUUUACGGUACAGACAAUUUCACAGCUUACACGAACAAUUAGUUGAAAAGUUUGGACCUCUUAUUCCAGAAUUUCCUCCAAAAAAGUUCUUUGCAUUAACUGCGACUCAACAGGAAGAACGUCGUAUCGGUUUAGAAAAAUAUUUGCAAAUAAUAGGACAAAUAUCCGCAAUACGUUGCUCAAAAUUAUUUAGCAGAUUUUUCUUUCAUGCACAACAAGAACUUGCAAAUGAUCCAUUGGAGGAUGAGUCAUUGGAAAUGGAUAUAUACAGAUGUAAAAAACCAAUGAAAGUUUCUCCAAAAUUAAAUACUGGAGAACUUUUGAAGAAAAUUUAUCGUGAGAUUUAUCUAUGGGAAGAAUAUCAUUCUUACUUUUCGUUAUUCCUUGUUGCACGAACAAUUGAGGAAAAUCCUAAUAAAAAUAUUAUAUUGCGGAAAUUAGAGGAUUUUGAAUCUCCUGUUUUAACAUAUAAAAGAUUAGUCGCUUCAGGUAUUCGAGUAGUUCUAACAAUUAGAAAGAAUUAUUGGAAUUUAGAAAAUACUGACAAAUUAUUCAAAAAUUCACCGGCCAGGCAUUUAUUAGUCUACGAGAUGACGAAUGAUAUAUAUAACAAAAGGGUCUUUCAUCCAGAAAAAUCACCCAAGAAAUUAUUAAUGCAACAUUUUAAAUAUUACGGUUAUUUACGAUUUGAACCAUGCAUCUGCGAUUAUCCUGUAUCAAAAUCAAAAGUAACAGUUGGCAUUGGUAAUAAUGAAAUCAAUUUAUGGAUAUUAGAUAAUCAUAAUAAUAUAGAACUAGGAUGUAAAAUAACUAGAAUACGAUGUUGGCGUAUAACUACUUUAACAAAUGUACCAAGUGCAAUUCGAUGGACUGAUAGUGAUCAUUUUGAUCUCGAACUAUCUUUUGAAUAUUUAUUUCCUGAUAAUAAAUUGCAAUGGAUUACUAUUUCUUCCAAUCAAGCUAUUUUAAUGUCUGUUUCUCUACAAUCAAUGAUUGAUGAAUUAGUGUUAAAAAAUACAAAUGACAGCAAACAGGAGUCAGAGAGUAAUGACUCAUCAUGGGUACAUGUACAGAAAGAUGACAACCAUAUUGUGAUGGAAAAUAAAUUGGUAGCAAAUAUUGAUGAAGUCAAACAAGAACAUGAGAAAAAUGGAGUUCAAUCUAAUGUUCAGAAAUUAAUAGAUGCACUAAAGUCAUCUGUUCCUCAAUGGACGACAACGAAAAAGAAUAAAAGAGCUACGGUUUAUAGAGAAAGUAUAGAAGAAUAUAGUAAUAUUAUGGCAAAUAAUCCAUUUUAUAUGAUAAAUGAUGAUGUUUUAUAGUGUUGUCUAUAAUGAAAUUCCUAAUUUUUAAUGAAGGUAAUUAUUAAAUGAAUACUGCCGUAGCAGCAGAUUUAAUAUCAUAUUUUAAAUGAUCAAUUUUGCUAAUGAAAAAUAUUUAACAAAUUUUAUAUCGAAUGAAUCAGUGUGUCGUGUUUUGAUACUAUUAUACAAAAAAAAAAAGGUUUUUAUAAAUAAUU